AUGAAGACCGCCCGGCGGGCUUUCACAUGCCUGCGAUGCCGCAUCUCGCAGUCGCAACCACAUCUGCGGACACAGGCGCGGGCCCAACUCCACAACAACACACCCCCCCGCAGGCCCUUCCACGCCUCGUCGCGCCUGCUGCGCUCCGAACAGUCGCUCGCCGCGGGCAGGCCGACCAUUGCGCCCAAGCCCACCGUCGACAUCAAGCACAUCCGCCAGAACCCGGCCCUGUACGAGCAGACCUGCCUCGAGCGCAACUACAAGGCCCAGGCCUCGUACCCGGCCCGCAUCGUCGCCCUGCAUGACGAGUGGCAGGCCCGCCAGCGCGACGGCCGCGCCCUGCGCGAGCGCUCCAACCUCGUGCGCCGCCAGAUCGCCAACCCGGCUUCCGUGAGCCCUGAGGAGGGCGAGGGCGCCGCCGCCCUGGCCGCCGCCACGCGUGACGAGCUGCUCGACGAGGCCCGCCGCCUCAAGCAGCAGCUCGCCACCAUCGAGCAGGACGAGGACCGCCUGCAGGCCGAGAUCCAGGCCCUCGCCCUCGCCCUGCCCAACCUCACCGGCGACGACGCCCCGCGCGGCGACCGCCCCGCCGUGCUGAGCUACAUCAACGACCACCCGGAGCCGCACCCGAGCUCCUCGGACCGCGUCUGGCGCUCCCACGUCCACAUCGGCUCCGAGCUGGGCAUCCUCGACUUCGCGGGCGCCGCCACCAGCUCCGGCUGGGGCUGGUACUACCUGCUGGGCGACGGCGCCCAGCUCGAGCACUCCCUGGUCAGCUACGCCCUCGACACCGCCCGCCGCUACGGCUGGGCCCAGGUCAGCCCGCCCUCGGUCGUCUACAGCCACAUCGCCGCCGCCUGCGGCUUCCAGCCCCGCGACCAGCACGGCGAGACCCAGGUCUACACCCUGAGCCAGAGCGCCCGCGACAGGGACAAGGGCCGCCCGGAGCUCAGCCUCGCCGCCACCGCCGAGAUCCCGCUCGCCGGCAUGCGCGCCGACUCGGUCAUGGACGAGGCCGAGGCCGGCGCCCGCGGCGCAGACACCAAGGGCCUGUACCGCGUCCACGAGUUCACAAAGGUCGAGCUGUUCGCCUGGACCCCGCCCGACCAGGACGCCGCCGCCGAGGUCUUUGACGAGAUGCUCGACAUGCAGACCGAGAUUCUCGGCUCCCUGGGCCUGCACUGCCGCGUCCUCGAGAUGCCCACCGCUGACCUGGGCGCCAGUGCCGCCCGCAAGAACGACAUCGAGGCCUGGUUCCCCUCGCGCGCCCGGCGUGACACUUCCGCCACCAAGGGGAGAGAGGGAGCGGCCGAAUCGGCCGACGGCGCCCCGCAGGAGGAGGGCUGGGGCGAGGUCACGUCCGCCAGCAUCUGCACCGACUACCAGACGCGCCGGCUGGCGACGAGGGUCCGAAUCGGCGGCUCCAAUGGAAAGAUGACCUACCCCUGGACCGUCAACGGCACCGCCCUGGCCGUCCCGAGGGUGCUGGCCGCCAUCCUGGAGACCGGCUGGGAUGAGGGCAGCAUGACCGUCACCAUCCCCGAGGUCCUGCGGCCGUGGAUGGACGGGAAGGAGACAAUCAGUCCCAAGGCCCGCACGCGCUAG